AUGGCGAGCGCUCAGCCGGGGGUCCAUGCAUUGAAACUCCAGACUCCCUCCGUCUCUGACACACUGAGGAACGGAAGUAACUUCAUUAAAUGGGACGAGGAUCUGUCUACUGUUACUCCAGUGAUUCUGUAUGUGGAUCCACACGGAUUUUACCUCUACUGGAUUGACCAAAACAAGGACACGGAGUUGUUGGACCUGACGCUCGUAAAAGACGUCAGGACGGGUCGAAGCACCAAAACACCCAAGGAGGCCAAGCUGCGGGAGCUGCUGGAUGUGGGAAACCUGGUCGGUCGUCUGGAGAACCGCAUGGUUACCGUGGUUACGGCUUCAGACCUUGUAAACGUCAACCAGCUCAACUUCAUCGCUACGCAGGAGGACGAAGCCAAGGUGUGGUGUGAGGAACUGUUUUCUCUGUCUUCCAACCUGCUGAGCCACAAUCUCAACAGAGACCACAGUCUGCUGAAAGCGUACAUAAGGUUAACUCUCCAGCCGAACGCAGAGGGGAGAAUUCCUGUCAAGAACAUCGUCCGACUGUUCUCAUCCGACAGGAAAAAAGUGGAGAACGCCUUGGAGAACUGCAGGCUGCCCUACGGACGGAGCGACAGUAUCAAACUGGAGGACUUCACGCUCGAAGUUUACAGGAGCUUUUUGGACAGUCUGUGUCCUCGCCCUGAGCUCAGCCACAUCUUCAAACUGCAAGGAGGGGAUGACGGGACUUUGUCAGUGGAUCAGAUGACAGAGUUCGUCAACAACAAACAGCGAGACCCAAGACUGAACGAAAUCCUCUACCCGCCUCUUCGUCCGGUGCAGACGCACGCUCUGAUGGAGCGGUACCAGCACGACCAGGCGCAGCAGAAGCAAGGCAUCAUUUCUCUCCAGGCAUUCUCCAGUUACCUGUCCAGUGAUGAGAACGGAGUCAUUCCACCGGACAAACUGGACCAGUCUGAAGACAUGAGCUUCCCCCUGUCUCACUACUUCAUCAACUCAUCACAUAACACAUACCUGACAGCGGGCCAGCUGGCGGGGAGCUCCUCGGUGGAGAUGUACAGGCAGGUCCUCCUGGCAGGAUGCCGCUGUGUGGAGUUGGAUGUGUGGAAAGGACGCACCGCUGAGGAGGAGCCCGUCAUCACACACGGGUUUACCAUGACGUCGGAAAUCUCUUUCAAGGAAGUGAUCGAAGCCAUUGCAGAGUGCGCCUUCAAGACUUCACCUUUCCCCGUCAUACUCUCUUUUGAAAACCACGUGGACUCUUUGAAGCAGCAGGCUAAAAUGGCUGAAUAUUGUCGAUCCAUUUUCGGAGACGCGCUGUUGAUUGACCCUCUGGACAAAUACCCUCUGGAGUCAGGCGUCCCCCUGCCCAGUCCCCAGGAGCUGAUGGGCAAAAUUCUCAUCAAGAACAAGAAAUCACACAAACCCUCCAAUAACACAGACACCAAGAGACUGACGGACCAACCUGCCAAUCAGAGCAACGAGCCCGUGUCUCCUAGCAACAACACAGGGGAGAUGGAGGCUGAGAGUGAGGAAGAGGAUGACGACGAAGAUGAUGAGGGUAAAAAGGGCUCAGCAGAGCGGGAGGCAGUGGCUACGGAGGAAAUGUCAACGCUGGUGAACUAUGUCCAACCGACCAAGUUCAACUCCUUCGAGGCAUCCAAGAAGGCAGCCCGCUGUUACCACAUGUCGUCUUUUGUGGAGACCAAAGCGUUGGAGCACCUCACAAAGUCACCGGUGGAGUUUGUGGAAUACAACAAGUCCCAGCUGAGCCGUAUCUACCCGAAAGGAACCAGAGUCGACUCCUCAAACUUCAUGCCUCAGCUCUUCUGGAACGCCGGAUGUCAGCUGGUGGCGCUCAACUACCAAACCAUCGAUUUGUCCACGCAGCUGAAUCUCUUCAUGUUUGAGUACAACGGCCGGAGCGGCUACAGGCUUAAGCCUGAGUUCAUGCGACGGCCAGACAAGCACUUUGACCCCUUCACAGAAAACACAGUGGACGGCAUCGUCGCUAACACGCUCUCUGUGAAGGUGAUUUCAGGCCAGUUCCUGACUGAGCGGCGGGUGGGCGUGUAUGUGGAGGUGGAGAUGUUUGGACUUCCUGCCGACACCAGGAGGAAGGCGCUGAAGACCAAAACCUCUCAGAACAAUAACGCCAUCAACCCAGUGUGGGACGAGGAGCCGAUCGUCUUCAAAAAGGUGAUUCUUCCUACUCUGGCCUCUCUGAGAAUUGCUGCUUUUGAGGAAGGAGGAAAGUUCAUCGGUCAUCGGAUUAUUCCAGUGUCUGCCAUUAGACCAGGUUAUCGCUACAUCGGCCUGAGGAAUGAGAAAAAUCAGUCCCUGAUUCUACCGGCUGUCUUCGUCUACAUCGAGGUCAAAGACUACGUCCCGGACACCUUUGCAGACGUGAUAGAGGCUCUGUCCAACCCCAUUCGCUAUGUCAACCUCCUGGAACAGAGGUCUAAACAGCUGGCGGCUCUGACCCUGGAGGACGUGGAGGAGGACACACAGACCGAGGAUGAAGCCGACAGCUGUGCAGAGCGAAAGAACGAUCUGAAAUCAGCUCCGCUGGAAAAUGGACUCAGCCCGGCCUCUGGUCCCGCAGGACACACCCCCGUCACCACGACGCCCAAAGCUUCCGCCGCCAAUCACCAGGCAGCUACGACAGAUGCAGCCAAACCAGCAGCAAAGACCGAAGACCUGGUUUUAAGUGUUUUGAUAGAUGUCCCGGCGUGCACCAUAGAGAGUCUGCAGCAGUCCAAGGUUUACCAGAAGGAGCAGAGACGUCAGUUUAAAGAGCUGAAGGAGUUAGUGAGAAGACACCAAAAGAAAACCUCAGAGCUGCUGCGAGAGUUCAACAACAAGUACAAGAAAACGGCCAGACAGUGCAGCAAGAGCCGGGGUUCGUGCCCGGACAGUGAGAAAGAUGACCGCCUCCAGCAGCUGAGAGACGAGCAGCAGUCGCAGCUUCUGGCCCUGAGGCAGGAGCAGUACUUCAGUCAGAAAUAUCUACAGAGAGAGCAUAUAAAAACGCUGACGGAGCGACUCAGCAGUCUGUCUGAGGACCGUCACAACGCCCAGAUGAAGAAACUCAAAGACAUCUGUGACAAGGAGAAAAAAGAGCUGAAGAGACAGAUGGAUCGAAGGAGAACAGAGAAGAUCAACCAAGCGAAGACCAAAGAGAAACAUCUGGCGGAGGAGGAGAAGAUUGAGAUCAAUAAGUCCUACGUCAAUGAAGUCGUCCAGAACAUAAAACGGCUCGAGGAGACUCAGGCGAAGCGCCACGACCAGCUGGUGGAACUACACAAUGAGCUCCUGCAGGAGAUACAAGACCAGAAACCAAAGCUGCAGGGGGUUGUGGAGGCAGAGUUUCAGGAGAAGUUCCAGUGUUUGCCCGAAGAGAUUCGAGACUUCCUGCAGGACAGGAAGACGGAGGUCAGAGGUCACAGCAAGUCCCGGCCAUCGACCCCUCACGAAACUCUGUCAGAGGAGGACUGA